UCACUUUCCCUUCCGCUGUAGCUUGCUCUCCUCCCGUCCCCACUGUCUGGGGCCACCCCGGAGGGGAGGGAGUGUGGCUGUAAUCCUGGGCGCCAGGGGCGCUCCCAGCAGCGAAAAGUGGAGCCCCUCCCCGGGGGCUAAACAGCGCCCGGCUGUGCGGCGUCACUCUCAUCCCCGCACCAGGCCUGUCUCGUUUCCUCUGUCGCGCAUUGUGGGCUUGGCUCUGUGCCGCCUGCCCUUUCACCUCCCACGCAGGGUCCCGGCCGCUUCCCAUACCCGGUCCCCGGUGCUUGGGAUGUUACCCGAUUGCCGCUGGGGACACCAAGGCACAAAGAGGGCUCGGGCCGCGUGGAAGGCCACCGGCGGGGGCUGAGUUGGCUUGUGGUCGUCCGCCCUCUGCCAGGUGACCCAGGGAUAGCAUUUCUCCGGAGCUGCUGCCCCCGCCCGGGGGGAUGGGCGCAACCAAGCCAGAUGGACGAGAAGACCAAGAAAGCCGAGGAGAUGGCCCUGAGACUCAGCCGGGCAGUGGCAGGCGGGGAUGAAAAGGUGGCAGUGCAGUGUGCCAUCUGGCUGGCAGAGCAACGGGUGCCCCUGAGUGUGCGACUAAAGCCCGAGGUCUCCCCAACACAGGACAUCAGGCUGUGGGUGAGCGUGGAGGAUGCUCAGAUGCACACAGUCAGCAUCUGGCUCACCGUGCGUCCUGACAUGACCGUGGCUUCCCUCAAGGACAUGGUAUUCCUGGACUACGGCUUUCCGCCUGUCCUGCAGCAGUGGGUGAUUGGGCAGCGGCUGGCCCGGGACCAAGAGACCCUGCACUCCCAUGGGGUGCGGCGGAAUGGGGACAGUGCCUACCUCUAUCUGCUGUCAGCCUGCAACACCUCACUCAACCCUCAGGAGCUGCAGCGGGAGAGGCAGCUGCGGAUGCUGGAAGAUCUGGGCUUCAAGGACCUCACGCUGCAGCCCCGGGGCCCUCUGGAGCCCGCCCCGACGAAGCCCGGAGUCCCCCAGGAGCCGGGGCGGGGCCAGCCCGACGCCACGCCCGAACCCCCGCCGGUGGGCUGGCAGUGCCCCGGCUGCACCUUCAUUAACAAGCCCACGAGGCCCGGCUGCGAGAUGUGCUGUCGGGCGCGGCCUGAGGCCUACCAGGUCCCUGCCUCGUACCAGCCCGACGAGGAGGAGAGAGCGCGCCUGGCGGGCGAGGAGGAGGCGCUGCGCCAGUACCAGCAGGGAGUGUCUGCAGGGCACCAUCCGCAACAGCCAGGAGGCCGAGGUCUCCUGCCCCUUCAUUGACAACACCUACUCGUGCUCAGGCAAGCUGCUGGAGAGAGAGAUCCGGGCGCUGCUGCCCCCCGAGGAUUACCAGCGGUUUCUGGACCUGGGUGUCUCCAUCGCGGAAAACCGCAGUGCCUUUAGCUACCACUGCAAGACCCCGGACUGCAAGGGAUGGUGCUUCUUUGAGGAUGAUGUCAACGAGUUUACCUGCCCGGUGUGCUUCCACGUCAACUGCCUGCUCUGUAAGGCCAUCCACGAGCAGAUGAACUGCAAGGAGUACCAGGACGACCUGGCCCUGCGGGCUCAGAAUGACGUGGCCGCCCGGCAGACGACAGAGAUGCUCAGGUCGAUGCUGCAGCAGGGCGAGGCCAUGCACUGCCCGCAGUGCCGGAUCGUGGUGCAGAAGAAGGACGGCUGUGACUGGAUCCGCUGCACUGUGUGCCACACGGAAAUCUGCUGGGUCACCAAGGGCCCGCGCUGGGGACCCGGGGGCCCAGGAGACACCAGUGGGGGCUGCCGUUGCCGGGUGAAUGGGAUUCCUUGCCACCCCAGCUGUCAGAACUGCCACUAGCUGAGGAUGGCCUGGUCCCCACGCUGACCCAGCCCCACAUCCCCAUGCUGCUGUGGGACAGGGCUGGUGCUUUGGCUCUGAUUUCUUCCCUGGGAGAUGCCUUUGCGCAUGGCUGAGACAGGCCUUGUAGAGACCAAGGCCCCCGAGCUGUGCGGAUGGCUUUGUUUGCAAGGGGUGUUGCAGGGGGCCCUGCCUAAGCUUGCGGUCGGUGUUGUCCAUGGCUGCGUCUGCCCCAGGGCCUUUGCCCUUCCUCUGGGGCUUGCCGGCCAGACCUCUCAGCUCUUCUCUGCGGCUCUUCCCUCCACCUGACCCAGACUUAAACACAGCCCUGCUGGAUGGAGCCUCUGAGAGCCCCGUGUGAGUCCACGCUCUCCCCCUUCCACCGCCCUCGUCUGCUGAACGCUGAGCACCCAGAGCCCACCGCUUCCCCAUCGGCUCUCUGGGGCUGACUCUCCUCUGUCUUUGCUGUCGGAGGCCUGUGGCGUGUUAGACAGCUGCUGCUAAGCCCGUUCGGAGCCAGGGGGAGACCUGGCGGUGUCUAAAGCACAGCGCAUCAGGUUCAGCUUCCAUGUCUCCCUCUUUGCUGCCUGUGUAAGCUAAUUAAAAUGGCUUUCCAGGAA